CGACCGAACCCCCGAAACAGACAAAGACGGCAAGAUCACAUCAGACAUACAAACACCGAGAGGGAGUGAGUCUGGAGAGUAAGGGCGAGGCUGAGAGUGAAGAAGAGAGAAACCCCCGGUUCCCAUAGAUGGGCUGCGUCUCCUCGAAGCACGUCCGGAAGGAGAUCGAGCGAGAAGUUGCUGCUGCAGCGCAUGUCACCCGCCACCAUGUCCCCAACCAUGUCGUCUCCCUCACUUCGAGCACUUACGGCGCCCUGAAGCUCGACGCCGAGGAAGCAACAGCCGCUGCUGUGAUCAAGGACUGCCUCGCCACGGCGGAGAGUAAUGGCGAUCGCACCACUGGCAUUGCCUCUAAGCGGAAAUCGCCACCUCGGGAAGAAGAGCAGCCUCCAGAGGUUAUCAACGCGUGGGAGCUCAUGGAAGACCUCGAAGAGGCUGUGCCUGCCUCAAGAUCAAACAGGAACAGUCCCAAGCCACGGGCUUUAUCCACUCCUCUGAAGUUCUUGAGCAACCCGAUAGGGUCGCCGAAGGCGGGAAGGCGUCAGUCAGGUGGUAAGGAGAACAGGGGAAGCUUCACUGGCCCUAAAGUGGUCGGCCCGGUGAAACCGGAAUUCACGCCGAGGAAUGCCUCGCUGAAAUCGCACAAUUCGUGUAAGGCGGCGAUGGGGAUGAGAGUCCCCCCUGUUUGGACCCCGAAGAGAAACAGCUUUGGGAGCGAUAACGGGCUCUCAUCUAGGAGAAGCCUGGGACCGCUGUUCGACCCCGAGCUCGUGGAGUCAUACGAGAAGGAACUCUCCGUCAACAACCACGAGGAGAUUCAGAUCAAGAAGAUGAUAAUACCCUCACCCAAGAUAAGGAAGCUGAGAAACGGCUCUAAAGACUCCUCUGACUCGAUCCUCUCGAAGUUCCAGAAGAAGUGCCCAUCGGGAGGAGAGAACUCAGUGGUGAACUACACGACGACCCUGAGGGGGAUAAGGAAGACAUUCGAGGACUGCAACAUUGUCCGAUCAGUGAUCGAGUCGCACCUGAUCCAAGUGUCGGAGAGGGACGUUUCGAUGGACUCAGGGUACAAGGAGGAGCUGAGGGGACUGAUGGGCACCAAGCAGGUGAGAGUCCCGGCGGUAUUCGUGAAGGGCAGGAUGAUUGGGGGAGCAGAGGAGGUGGUAAAGCUUGAGGAGGAGGGAAAAUUGGGGAUUAUCUUAGAUGGGAUACCGAGGGCUUCAAUCAGCGGAUGUGAAGGAUGCGGAGGGGUCCGGUUCGUGAUGUGCAUGGACUGCAAUGGGAGCUGCAAGGUCUUGGAUGAGGACGGGAAGAAGGUCAUCAAGUGUGGAGAAUGCAAUGAGAAUGGGCUAAUACAUUGCCCCCUUUGCUGCUAAUCUAUCUCAGUGUCAAAUGAACAACGGUUACUAUCCUUGGCCGUUAACUGUACACCAGUAAAUUUCAUAUUACUAGUCCUGUGGACAAAGAGGUAUCCUCGCGACUGCUCAUGAGGAAUGAGCGAGUCAGCUCCUGUAGCUUCCCUUCAUUCAAGUGGAAUACUCGAUCCGCCAUCAUAACAGUCUCGGGCCGAUGAGCGAUCAC